GGCCAAAAGAGAAGUGCUGUAGAGAAUCAUGAAAAAGAUAGCAACUUUUUUUUUCUUAUUAUUAUGGUGUAGGCAGGCUUAGAAAAUUUGAAGUUCCCAAUUGAGACCGUAUAAUUUGUCAAGAGAGGUGGUUAUUAUAUUGCAUUAGAUGCUCUAUGCGGAAAGAACACUGUCCUGAAUAAACUAUUAAUCAACAAGGAUUAGUUAAUUAAGCAAUAGACCCCUUUAACAUUUUGGAUAAUAAAACAGCACAGAUUCCUAUAUCAUCUUUGAUUAAUUUAAUUCCUUAUUUGUGGUAGAGACAAAAGUUGGACUCGCGUCCAUUGAUCCAAGGCUGAUGAUUUUACUACUAAUUUAAUAAAGAAUCAACUUUAUUACUCCAAUUUAUUAGCAGACAAAGGAACUACCCUGAUUAGCUUUCAUUAGUUUGGAUUUUCUUGUUGUGACCACUUGAGGAUUGGUCAACUUGAUCUGAUGGGUUCUGAAAGACAACAAACAUCCUCCUCUUUUGUUUCUCCAUCCAUUUAUCAUGUGUUCUUGAGUUUCAGAGGUGAAGACACACGCAAAACUUUUACUGAUCAGCUUUAUGCUGCUUUGGUAGGUGCCGGGUGGCGCACUUUUAAGGAUGACAAUGAGAUUGAGAGAGGGGAAAAUAUUAAGAUGGAAUUAGAGCGUGCAAUCAUAAAUUCGAGGAGUUCAAUAAUUAUCAUCUCGAAGAACUAUGCUACUUCAACAUGGUGCCUUGAUGAACUUGUCAAAAUCCUUGAACAUAAGAGGACCAAAGGGCAUGCAAUUCUUCCCGUGUUUUAUCAUGUGGAUCCUUCUGAAGUUAAAUAUCAGAAAAGGAGCUUUGCAGAAGCAUUUACGAGAUACGAGAGGCAAAUUGAAGCUGAAAGUGAUGAAGAAGGAAAGAGGGAGUGGAUGGAUAAGGUUAAAAAAUGGAGAGCAACUCUUGGAGAGGUUGCAGAUUUGGGUGGUGUUCUAGUGAACAAUCAAGAGGAUAGGAAGGAGUCAGAUUCCAUUGAAGAGAUUCUUCAGCUCAUUGAGGAUAAAUUGAACCGCACAAUCUCAAGUGUUGCGCCUUACCUGGUUGGGAUGAGUUCACGGGUCAAAGAUAUUGUUUCGUGGUUGCAAGACGGAUCGCAUAAUGAUAAUGUUACUGCAAUUUGCGGGAUGAGCGGGAUUGGGAAGACUACUGUUGCCAAAUAUGUUUUCACUACAAACUUUAGAAGAUUUGAAGGUAGUAGCUUUCUUGCAAAUAUCAAAGAUAUUUCUCAGCAACCUGAUGGCUUAAUUCGCUUACAGAAGCAGCUCCUUUAUGAUCUAACUGGGAUAAAGUGUAAAAUACAAGAUACUGAUGAAGGGAUCAUCAAGAUAAGAGAUGCUAUUUGUUCUAGGAGAGUUCUGGUCAUACUGGAUGACGUUGAUCAACAAGAACAAAUACACACCAUAAUUGGUAUGAAAAAUUGGUUCUGUCCAGGAAGUAAAAUAAUCAUAACAACUAAGAAUUCAUGCUUGCUGAAGGUUCAUGAAAUUCAGAAAGUCCAUGAAGUCAGGAAAAUGGGGAAUGAUGAAUCAUUGGAGCUUUUCAGUUGGUAUUCCUUUGGGGAGGACCAUCCAGCUGACAAGUACAUGGAACUAUCAACAAGGGUGGUAAAGCAUUGUGGAGGGCUUCCUCUGGCACUUCAAGUUUUGGGUUCUUCUCUUCGUGGGAAAAAUAUCGAUGUAUGGAAAAGUGCAUUAGACAAGUUGGAAGCCAUUCCUGCUAGACAGAUAAUUAAAAAACUAAAAUUGGGGUACGACUCAUUAAAAGAUGAUCAUGAUAAGAGUUUGUUCCUUGACAUUGCCUGCUUCUUUACAAGAAAGGAUAAAGAUUACGUUAUUGCAGUAUUAGACGAAUCUUAUAUUUACACAAGAGUUGGGAUUCAGAAUCUCAUAGAUAGAUCCCUGUUGGCAAUUGAGGGUAACAAGUUGAUAAUGCAUCAAAUGCUUCGAGAUAUGGGCAGAGAAAUAGUCCGUCAAGAAUCAACCAAGAAGCCUGGGAGUCGUACCCGAUUGUGGUACUAUAAAGAUUCAUUUAAUGUAUUGAGAGAAAGCAUGGGCUCAGAGACAAUUGAAGGUCUUUUCUUUGACAUGAAUAUGGUCAAAGAAGACCAAUCUUUCAUGGGAAGUUCUAGCAGUGGAAGAAAGUGGUUGUUUAAAGAAGUUAAGAGUUAUCGGUUCGGUUUCUCCAGGCAUCCGAUCAAGUUUUCUUCAAAAACCUUUAAUGAGAUUAAACUGAGAACUGAUACCUUUACAGUUAUGAACAAGUUAAGACUACUUCAGAUCAAUUAUACACAUCUAAAUGGUGCUUAUAAAGAUUUUCCCAAGAGCCUGAGAUGGCUAUAUUGGAGAGGUUUUCCUUGGAAGUGUAUCCCAAAUGAUUUUCCAUUGGAGAGCUUGACUGUUCUUGACAUGCGGAACAGCUGUUUGGAAAGACCGUGGGAUGGAAGAAGGGUGCUUCCGCUGGUAAAAAUUCUCAACCUCAGCCAUUCUCAUUCUCUUCUCAGAACUCCUGAUUUUUCAGGACUCCCAAUGCUGGAGAAGCUUGUUCUAAAAGAGUGUGUCAAUCUAAUUGAGGUUCAUGAAUCCAUUGGAACUUUAGAGGCUCGGCUCAUUUUCUUGAAUAUCAAAAACUGCAAAAGACUUAAGAAACUACCCAGAGAGAUAUGCAAGCUAAAAGUUCUUAAAACCCUCAUAAUAUCUGGUUGCUCAAAUCUUGUAGAGUUGCCAAGAGACCUGUGGAGGAUGAAAUCCCUGACAAAGUUUUUUGCUAACGAAAUCCCAAUGAGUCAACUAGCCUCUACGAGAAAACAGAACCCACUAUGGCAUGCAUUUAUCCGGUCUUGGGUACCGAAGCCAAGAAAAGCUCUAGGGCUUCCAUGGGUUUCUUUGCCAAAGUCUUUGGUUAAUUUAAGUCUAUCUGGGUGCAAUCUAUCUGAAGUUGCUUUUCCUAGGGACUUCACAAAUUUAGUGAUGUUGCGGGACCUAGACCUUAGUAAAAAUCCGAUCAGCUGCCUUCCAGAUUGCAUCAGAACUCUUUCCAGGCUCAGCACACUUGAAUUAGGUUCUUGUACAAUGCUUAAAUCUCUCAUAGACCUACCUCGUGUCCAUGAUUUGAGGGUAGGCUAUUGCACUUCCCUAGAACGAGUAACAUAUCUAUCAGUAGGAUGCCGUGCAAGAGUUUUCCAUGUAAAUGGCUGUAAAGAACUCACUGAUAUGGAGGAAAACUUCAAGUUGGAAGCCAUGGGAGGAAUUGAGAAAACAAUGAAGUCAUUGGAAUUAAGCAUGUUGGAUUCUGUCGGAAGCUUUGAAGUGAAAUUGUAUAACAAUUCAACUAGUACAGAAAGUAGAGGACCAGUAAAGGCGUUGUUUGAAGGAGGAUUAAUCAGCAUAUUUCUUCCGGGGAGCAAGGUUCCUAAUUGGUUUUGUUACAAGAGUGCUGGAGCAACUCUAUCUUUCACUGUCCCUUCAUCUCCUGAUUUCAAGAUCCAGGGUAUAACUGUGUGCUCAGUGUACACAAUUGACUGGAAAGUCUGGAUAGCAGGUAUCCAAUUUUAUGUGAUAAUCCAUAAUGAGCAGAAGAAUGUGAAACUGAUUUAUAGCCCGACUUGCUAUGGUCUUCCUGAAGCCCAAAAUGAAAUGUUAUGGUUCAGCCAUUGGAGAUUUCAGAGUCAGCUGGAUGCUGGUGAUACCUUGAAUGUCACGGUUCUUACUAUGGAUGGUUUUAGCAUCAUAGAAAUCGGUAUUCACUUAAUUGGAGACAAAGUAAGAAAGAAAACCACAGAAGUUCAGAUGGACACAAGUGUGAGGAAAGAGUAA